AUGUCGAUUGUGCACUUGCAAAACGUCGAGAUUAUCAACAGCAAGGCGCGCUUCUCUGACCCGUAUAUCUUCAAGGUGACCUUUGAGUGCAUCUCGCCGCUCGAGGAUGACAUCGAGUGGAAGUUGAUCUACGUCGGAUCCGCCGAAUCGGAAGAGUACGACCAGGAGCUCGACAGCUGCAUGGUCGGGCCGGUGCCGGUGGGCGUAAACUCGUUCGAGUUCGAGGCCGAGGCGCCGUCGCCGGAAAAAAUCCCGGCGACCGACCUGCUCGGCGUGACGGUGAUCCUGCUCACCGCGUCCUACAAAGACGCCGAGUUUAUCCGGGUGGGGUACUACGUGAACAAUGCGUACGAAUCAGAGGAAAUGCGCGAGGAUCCCCCGGAAGAGGUGCAGCUCGACAAGGUCUGCCGCGAGGUGCUCGCGAGCAAGCCGCGCGUGACGCGCUUUAAUAUCAACUGGAGCGACCCCAGCCAGCCGAUCAAGGCGCCGGAGGAGGCCCAGGAGGCCAAUGCACAGACGACCGAGGUCGAAGAGACCGUCGAGACGACCCCGAACCCGUCCAUCAGCGCAGACACGGCGGCAGACGUCGCUGCGAGCUCGUUCGUUCCCUUAGCGUCCUAG